GAGGAAAAGUAACGAGUGACUCCGGAGCUCACCGUCGUCAAAGCGGACAGCCAGGGGACCUUACCGAGACGUGCGCGAGCCUCCUCAUCCGCAAGAUAGCUCCAUAAAUCUUCCCGUGACGAGGGACAAAGCUCUGUUUUGACUGCCAUACAGAGGACAGAAGGAGGAGAAAAGGAAAUCCUAUAAAUAUAAAGUUAAAGGAGUAAAAAUAAAAGGAGCACCACGCAAUCUUCAUCACUUUGUGAACAGUGACGGAGAGAUGAGACCCGUGAAGAAACACAGAGGACGUUCUCCGCCGUUAACUAGAGGCAGAGGGGGCAAAAGACGAGGCGGCUCUCAGCCCCUUCAAGAGAAAGACCCCAAAAGAGUCAAGAGGGAGACACUCGUCAAAACGGCACAGCACAUGUCCAACACCAGCCCCACGCGCAGACAAGCCACAGCCAACGACUCUGACGAGGAACCAGUCACGAACAGCAAGAGCCCCGUGAGGGAGGAGCUCAUCGAGCUGAGGAAACCUGUGGAGUCAGCUGCCAAACACGAGCAGAAGGAAAAGACACAACAAGAGAAGAUAGCGGGCACGAAUGGAACCAGAACCGCGUCCACAGAGAGCAUACGUCCUACCUCUACCUCGGCACCACUGUCCACAGUGACGCCUCCCCCCGUGGUCGGCUCAGUCUCGAGCAGGAAAACUGCCACAUUUAAAGCUCGCAUCCCCAAGAAGAAAUACACAUAUGAGCACUGCUCUCACAGCGCAAGCACCUUGGCUACUAGUCCUACCUCCAGCCCUGCACUCAUACAAAACACUCACUGCAAUAUUAACAGCAAAAUCAAUGAUGGUGUGACUACACCCAAUAAUAAUUUUAAGAGUAGUAACAAUAUUAGUAAUAGUAUUAAUAAAAGCAUUAGCAUUAAGAUCAAUAGUACUAACAGUAACACUAAAUCCGAUGUUAAUGACAUGACUAACAGUAGUAGUUUUAUCAAUAGCUCAGGUAAUCAGCUGUCAGCAUUAACUGUAGAUAGUAAAGCUACAGAAGCAAACCAUUUCAGUAGAAACCUCAGGACAGCAGACGCCCAGGAAAAAGAGUCCCAAGGUGGUGAAAAUGAGUCCGAAGGGGCCCCUAACUCAGUGCGGUCCUCAUCCACCGACACAGCUAGUGAGCACUCAGCAGACCUAGAUGUGAUGGAAGCCACAGGACCUAGAAACUCCCACACCCCAGCUUCCCUUCAUAACUCACACUCUAAAGACGCCAGUCCCUCACAGGCCCAUGCUGAAGCUUUGGCCAAAGGCUUGAAGAACCAGAGAGUCUUGGCUCGCCAGAUAACAAGGACUACAGAGGGUGCGUUUGAGGCUCCCGGGGACAGAGGUGUGGAAGAGAGACAGUUGUGCACCCUGCUGCCUGUGUUCAGACAGGGGGUGGUACGUGGAGUGACUGGACAAACUGUUGAGGUUCAACUCCAAGGAGCAGAGGCUUUUGUGAGCUACCCCUUCCAUGGUGGAAACACGACGACAUUGGCACCAGGAGCUAAGCGCACGGUGGAUUUUAUUUUGGACGCCCCUCCCCCUGGCAUGGCACCUGUGGCUAUCGGGACUCGAGUGUGUGUGCCCUUUGGCGGAGGGGAGGGGCUUCCUGUGCUGUACAGAGAGGGGAUCAUCACUCAGGUGGACCCACACCCCGGUGUCUCAUUUCCAUAUCAGGUGCACCUGAGUGAAGAAAGAGACGCUUUGGGUGAGGAGAAGAAGAAAAGUAAAGGUCAGGCUGUAUGGGUGUCUCGACAGAGCCUGAGACUGCUCACUCCUCCCUGGGAGGUCCCACAUUUGGACGGGGGGAAAGCCGAGCAGAGGGAGUGGGAGAGGGAACGGGAGGAGAGGGAGCGGAGGGAGGAGAUGGAGGUAGAGCGGGAGGUGUGCCAGUUGAGUAUUGGAAUGGGGGUGUUGGGAGGAGGAGCAAGGUUGAGUCACGGUUUUCCACAUGACGUGGUCGCAGGAGGGCAUCCCUAUGAACUCUUAAACCCAGCACCCCACUCCUCCGCUGUGACUGGUGCGGUAGUCAGCACAGUUCGUAGCUGUGGAGACAGAGAGAGGCAGAAGCAGCCAAACACUCCAGAAGAAGACGUUGAGGUGUCUCAGUUCAGCAUGGGUCUCACCGUUGGUGCCAAGACAAACUCUGGGAGCUCUCAGCACAGAAACCUCUCUAAGUCCAGUGGCUAUCCUCCCUCCUCCCCCCACCUUGCUGUGAUGCGGGGUCUUGGGCCCCCACACAUACCACCCCUCGUUAGUCCUCAGCCACCCUUGUCCCCUGCCUUACUGGGGUCCGAUAUGACGACCACUCAAAACAUACCUGCAUCCAAGACCACCCCCACUCAGCCCCCUACUCCCACCUGUGGUGGAGGGUCCUCCUCUACUUCCUCCCGCUCCAGGACCCCUCUGUCACUGGCUCAGCAGAAAUACAAGAAGGGUGACGUGGUUUGUACCCCUAAUGGCAUCCGUAAGAAGUUCAAUGGUAAGCAGUGGAGGAGGCUGUGCUCCAGGGAGGGUUGUAUGAAGGAGUCUCAGCGUCGAGGGUACUGCUCUAGACAUUUGUCAAUGAGAACCAAAGAGAUGGAGGCAGCGGGAGCAGAGAGGGGAGGAGGAGGCAGCAGUUCUGGGACAGUCACCCCCUCUGACCUCCGAGGCAGAGCCAGUAGUGAGUUUGAGUGGGACGACACGUCAAGAGAAAGCAGUGAGACCAGUAGCAGGGGAGAUUCUCGACCCCGCCUAGUCCUCCCCUCCCUCCUUCCCCACGAGCUGUCUUCCCGCUUUGACUCAGAAGAGUGCGAAGCUGCCACCAUGCUGGUGUCAUUAGGCAGCUCCCGUUCAGGCACGCCCUCCUUUUCGCCGAUCUCCAACCAGUCACCCUUUUCCCCUGCCCCCUCUCCUUCACCCUCCCCAUUGUUUGGCUUCAGGCCUGCAAACUUCUCCCCAAUUACCGCCUCCCCAGUCCUGCAACACAGGCGGCAUAGGCAGCCCAGCGGUACGGGGGGAGGAGGGGGAGGGGGCAGUAAGGCAAUCGCCCCAGCCGGCGGCGGCGAACGGGAGAGACACACUUCAGGUAUCCAGCCCUCCUUCCACAGCAACCUGACGUUUACCGUGCCCAUGAGCCCCAGCAAGCGAAAGCCGGACGCACCCCCUCCACCGCCCCUCCCGUCUCACCACCACGAUUACACACCCAAGACGGAGCUGGAACAGGGGGACCUGAGCAGCUCUUUCAGGGUGCUUUCCCCCCAAACGCCAGCCUCACAUUGCCACACACCAACGUUCUCCCGGCCCAGAGGAGUGACCACCCCUUGCUCCAGUAGGCCCCCGUCCUCCACUGCUGUCUCCCCUCCUCCUCUGCUGAUGUCUCCAACUCCUCCUUCCCCUCUCACACACGACGGAGGGCCACAUCGCAUGGUGUCUGUGUCCCAAAAGGCAUUGCGGGAUUCUCCUGUCAUUGUGAGGAAUCCAGAAGUCCCACUAGCGAAAUUUACAGAAUGUCCCCUGGGAAGAGGGGGAGGUGGUGGAGAUGAGGGAGGACCAGAUAACGGCUCAUCUAAAGACAUUGGCCUAACACCCCUUAACCCAAUAUCUGGCCUCCAGGUUCCAGUCCCUAUUAAUGCCGCUGCAGCUACAGUACCCAAUGGUGCUGUCCUCCUGCGGAGCCCAGCCCAGACUCUAGUGCUCGUGUCCCCAACACCGUCCUCUUUGUCUGCCACCGACACCCAGACCACCCCCCUGCAGGCCCUGUCCGUGACCGUCAGCACAGCCAUUACGGCUCCCACACCAAGUAGCACAGACAGCUCCGGCCAGCGAGAGGAGAAUGGGGGAACAGGAUAUGGGGGUGAAGUCCAGCAGCCUGUUCCCUGUCACCCCUCUCCGACUGCACUGCUGCCCCUCAUCCUGCCUGCAGAAAGCCUGCACCCCGUCCCGCGAAAGGACAUCAUAAUGGGACGUCCUGGCACAGUGUGGACCAAUGUAGAGCCCCGGUCAGUCCCAGUCUUCCCGUGGCAUUCAUUGGUUCCUUUCCUGGCUCCCACCCAAUCAGAUGCUUCUUCUCAGCCAGGAGAGGGACAGCACCCAGUCAGCCAUCCCCAAGCAGCAAGUCUAAAGACAGAAUGUCAGGGGGUGGCAGCACUUGCCCAGGAGCCUGCAGAGGCACCUCCAAUUGUAGAAAGAGGUCCUCCAUCCCGACCGAUACCGGCAUCUGAUGAACCGCCUCUAGAGAAGGAGAAAGGACAUGCAGAAAGGGAGAGGCCCGACAGUGAGACAGAGAGCGAUGUGGAUGACCCCUUUCUCCCUGGAGUUGUACCAGAGCCAUCUCUCUCAACAUCCCCUGUAAAAAGACGUACUCAGUCCCUCAGUGCUCUUCCAAAAGAUGGAGACAAGAGCAGCCCUGGAAAGAGGGAGAAGGACCACAUCCGGCGACCAAUGAAUGCAUUUAUGAUUUUCAGUAAGCGCCAUCGAGCACUGGUGCAUCAGCGGCAUCCAAACCAGGACAACAGGACGGUCAGCAAGAUUCUAGGGGAGUGGUGGUAUGCUCUGGGACCUAAGGAGAAACAGAAGUACCAUGAUUUGGCCUUCCAGGUAAAAGAGGCCCACUUUAAGGCCCAUCCAGACUGGAAAUGGUGUAACAAAGACAGAAAAAAGUCGAGCUCUGAUGGCCGUGGGGUUCCAGGGGGCAAAGAUAUCAGAGAGAGAAGCAUGUCUGAGUCUACAGAGCCUAACUCUGUAGAACUGAAGGGCACUGGGCCAGGUCUGGCUGGGGCGUCUGAAAGAAGUACAGUUGAAGGUCAUGUGGGCCAACUUACCCGUCCCCGGGCUUUCUCUCAAAGCGCCAUGCACAACCUGGAGAGGAGUGACCGGGGUAAUACACAGGCCCUGGCAGAACUGGCACAGAUGUGUGGGGAUGGAGGCAGUCAGUUUUCCAGCCAUGCCCCGCCCCUUUCACAGUCCCAGCGGGGCAUCAGCGAGGACAUGACCAGUGAUGAGGAGCGCAUGGUCAUCUGUGAGGAGGAGGGAGACGAUGACGUCAUUGAGGACCCUUAUCCUAGCAGUUCUAUAGACCUCAAGUGUAAGGAGCGGGUGACUGACAGCGAUAGCGAGAAUGGUUCUGGAGAUGAAAGUGAUCGAAAGAGAAUGUUUGCUCCAGUCAUUUGCUCUUCUGCAUCAUCAGCUUCCUCACACCAUACUCCUCACGGCAGGAGUGUCUCACUGUCGUCCUACCCCACCAGUAAGCGGUACGACGACGGGAGAACAGGAGGCGGAGGGUUUUCAGAGCACAGAAGGAAAGAACGAGGAGAGGGCAAGGGCAAAGGCACAUUAGGGGGAGACGGGGGUGGAGGAGUGCAAGCCUCUUCUCUAUUACUCUCUUCUGGCCAGUCAGUCAUAUCCACUUCUCCAGCUGGAGGGCUUCCAUCAUCCUCAGUGGGCUCAUUGGCUUCAAACCCACUUCUCGGUGUUGGUGCUUUGAGGGUGGCCUCUACAGUAGUGACCAAUGUAAUGCGUCCAGUUAUCAGUACACCGCUCCCUAUCGCCAGCAAACCUCGAGAUGGAGGCACUUCGUCUAGCCCACAUCCACCAGAGAGGAAGUCCCUGACUCCCCAGCAUCAGCCGCAGUUUCUCAUUGGUUCAGGAUCAGGAGGCGGGGCUACAAAUACUGGGGGUGGGUACUACUCUUCAUCAUCUCCUAAUUCUGUGGGUGCAAGUGGGGGCCCAGGUGGGGUAGUGACUAAUUUAGUGUUAGGAGGGGCCCUGUCUGCUCAACCUGCUGUACAGCUCAUCACCCCCUCCCCUCAGCCACAACCAUCCCAGCAGCACACCCUCCCCUCCACUGCUGUGCCAGCACCACAUAGCCAGACCAACGGGCCCCUGCCAGUCCCCCUGCUUCAGCCCCAGUUCCUUCCUGCUUCUUCUCUGGCACCCCCAGUGGGUAAGGCCAUCACACAAGUUCAGUACAUCCUGCCCACCCUACCUGCCGGCACCAACCCUAAGAGUCCACCUCAGCAGCUCAGCCAGCCAACCAGUAUCUUCAACCUGCCCACAGCUCCACCCGCACACAUGUCCUUGACCAAUGGAAAGCAGCAGGGUACAAGUUCACUAACAGCAUAUACGUCUAGCACAGCGGUGGGCGUGGGCAGCCCAGGAACUAGAGUGCAAACACAGUCCCCUGUGCUCCAGGGUAAAAUGCUUGUUCCCAUGGCAACAGUACGGACUGCACCAGCCCCUGCCCAGCAGUUUCCCCUUGUGGCUUCACCACUUCCUGUCCAGAAUGGUGCACAGACAGGAAGCAAGAUCAUUCAAAUUGCCCCAAUGCCUGUGGUGCAGUCCCCUUUGCCUCAGGGUGGAGCAGUGCACUCUGCCAGUCCCUUCCCUGUGACAGUGGGCACUGCUGCUGUGGUGGCUCCAGGAUCAGCCCCUUCUCCGACAGUAUUACUGCCCCAAGCACCCACCAGGAUCACCUAUGUCCAGUCCACUCCAGGGGUCCCGUCUACUCUGCCUCUGGUCUCCACAACAACCGGCUCACCCCCCUCCCAGCAAUCUCUGCCAGUUCCUGGAUCUGCAUAUGUUUCCUCACCCCUAGCAACACUUGGUAUCACAGCAAUUGCACCACCUGGACAGACAGUUGUUCAGCCACUGAUUGCAGGUCAGGCACCACUCCUAACUACAGCUCAGUCUCCACAACCCUCCACCUCAGUCCAUGCCUCAGGCUCUGGGGGCCAGAUAGUUACUGCCAUCUAUGCUCCUGCACCCAAUGUUACCAUGGCAACUGGUGUGGUCUCUAUGACAGCAGUGCCCCCCAGUGUGGUCUACACCGUUUCCAGCCCCUCCAGCUCUUCCCCUCACAUCUUGCCCAAGCACACAGCGACCCUGGCCACAAUCACACACCCACAUCUGGAGAGACAGGCAGAUAGACACCAGCCUGCAGACAGACCUGCAGAUAGGCCGACUGACAGGCAGGCCGUGGGGCAAAAGGAGCUGCUGACACAAUCGGAUAGACAGCUGGAGAGGCAGACCUCCGCCAGUAGCAGCUCAGUGGCACCUCCCAGUGGCUCAGUUGUGUCCUUAAAGCCCUGCAGUCCUCCACUUCAGAUCCAAACACCUGGCAGCACACCCAGUACACCUAAACUAACUCAGCUUCCAGCCAGAGCCCCUCAGAAAGUGAAGGCAAUGGUGGCAAACAUCCCAGUGGGCAGCUACGAAGGUGGAGGAAGAGGAAAAGAGAGGGAUCGGGAGAAAGACAGGGAGCGCGAGCGGGAAAAGGAGAGGGAGAGAGAGAGAGAAGCUGCAGCCAACAGUCAUUUCUCCUUUGAUCCUGAGCCAGAAGGGCAGACGGGGUCUCCAUCCACACAUCCUGCUGAGGAUGCACCAUCCACUGACAAAUCCCUGGAGGCCUCAAGUGCAGCAGACUUCUCUGACACACGGAACAAGGAAAGCACAACCAUCAAAGAGGCUGGAUGGAAGGAGUCCCUCCCUUCCUCUCCUCACCCACCUCCGUCAGCCACAGAACCCGUCCUGCCUCCUCCACAAACUGACAAAGACUGUCCUACACCCAAAAAGGUCAAAGCCCGCCCUCCACCACUUAAGAAGACUUUUGACUCUGUGGAUAAGUGUGGCAGGGUGUUGUCCGAGGUGUAUUUUGAAGAACGCUUCGCGGAGCUGCCAGAGUUUCGGCCUGAGGAGGUGUUGCCUUCACCCACCCUGCAAAGUCUGGCCACUUCACCCCGCGCCAUUCUAGGCAGCUAUCGCCGCAAGAGGAAGAACUCCACAGAUUUGGAUUCAGCCACCGAUGAUCAAGUGUCUCCCAAAAGAAAGAGCCGCCGUCGUUCAAGCUGCAGCUCGGAGCCCAACACGCCUAAAAGCGCCGCCAAGUGUGAUGGAGACAUCUUCACCUUUGACAGAACAGCCCCAGAUGGAGAAGACAUCCUCGCAGAGCUAGAGUUUGACAAGGUGCCGUACUCCUCCCUGCGGCGAACACUGGACCAGAGGCGAGCGCUGGUCAUGCAGCUGUUCCAGGAGCAAGGCUUCUUUCCGUCAGCUCAAGCCACUGCAGCUUUUCAGACCAGAUACUCCGACAUAUUUCCCACCAAGGUGUGUCUGCAGCUGAAGAUCAGGGAGGUCCGGCAGAAGAUCAUGCAGACUGCUGCUCCUUCUGAUGCCCCUGGUUUAGGCCUUGCUGACUCCCUCCCCGGUCCUUCCGGUUCCCAACUGGGAGACGGCUCUGGGAGAGGGGGUGUGGAUCUCCAUGAUGACGAGAUGGAGCAAGGGGCAGAAGCAAGCCCAGAGGACCCUCGCGACUCACAGGACUCUUCUAGAUGAGGGAUGCGGGCAGAUUACAAUGAUCGAUCAGUGACUGUCACACUUCUCCACCAUGACACAUGCUCUCACCUUUUUUUAUAUCCACAUUCUGUGCUUUGCUCUGAUCGGCUUUCGGUUUCUUUACAGUCGCAUUGGCCAGCCUGAAAGUGAGAGAUGUUUGCAAUGUUGGGACAUUUAUUUUUUUGAAUGCGUGACCUCUCUACCAAGAAAGGACACUGGAAAAAGCAGUGGCACAAGUACCAUGUGCCACAUUGUGCAUACACUUGAAAUAGCACUCUGUAUUAACCACCUUGGAGAAAAGCUCCCAUUGAUGCCAGUGAGCGAAGGAACAUUGUAUACAGCUGCCUUGAAGGGAGAAGAGGUUCUCGAUUCGGAUGGAGAGACCUGCUUCCCAUUUACAAGCUGAGAGGCGAAACCAGAUUCAAAGGACACUGUUUAAAUAUUUGUUUUUAAUGCAGUUAGAGGAGUAAAAGCAGCUAGUAACUGCUCGAGGAACAACUGUGUAGGAUUCAUUGUUGUAAGCUUGUGUCUCGUUUCUGCUGACAUUCGAGGGCUGGGCCCUCAACAGCUUGAAACCAUUUGAUUUGACUAAAAGACUAAAAAUUGCAACGGACCUGGAACAGAUCAUUUCCUCCAUUUUAUUUUUGACGUGCAGACUUUCAGAGGUGGGUUUUUCGUGAGUGACUGAAAUCGGACUAAAAGUUACACGGACGUCUGGCAGUGCCAUCAUUCCUGCAGUUACGUGUCUGGUCAAGUCCUCCCUUGUUGUGACUGACCCUAGCACAUGCCAGUAGGUAGGAACCAAGCAUUCCUGUGCCUCUCAUUCAGUAACCAUGAAGGAAGGAGGUGGGUUUGAGUCAUUGGGCACAUCCUGGCUCUUAGUUGUAGAGGUCCGGCUGUUACGGCCUUCAUCCUCUAUUGCCAAGAAGUUUUAUUCACUUUUUAAAAAUGAUUUGAUUUGUAUUUAACAUGGUCAUAUUCUGUUUGUUGUUGUACUAUUCCUAUGGUUAUUAUUAUUAUUAUUAUUGUUAUUAUUCUUACUUCUCAUAUCAUUGCAGUGAACCUUGGUCCAUAGUUCUGCUCACAUUGCCAGCAGAUGUUUCCUUAAUUUCUUGUAUUUUUUGUUAUUUUGGAGGCGGGUGAGAGAUGCUGCUCCACACCUGUACAGUUCCUCCACCGUAGUCUUCCCUUGGCUGGCCUCUCACCUCAGCAAGGACCUGUUGCAGUUUUGAAUUAUUCAUUUCAAAGGACAAACACAUGGACCUUUUUAUAUCCUUUCAACAAUAAUAAGCCGUAUGUUUUUAGACAACCUUGUAUGCCUCUCUGUUCCUUGCUAGGUUUUAUUCUAUAGCCUCAACACUUGUACAUCUCCUUCCUCCACCUCUUUCCUUCCCUCCUUCCUCCCUUUGUCACUUUAUUGCUCUCUCCAGACCUCCUUUAUGGACAGGCGGGGAGAAAACUGGGGGAAGUGAGGGGAGGGUAACAAAUCAAAGAGAGCUGGUUGGAUAUUAUACUGGUUGUGUCUUUGUGCAAGACUUGGUUGUUUUGUAAAUAAUUACUGUAGAGUCAGUAGACUCAUUAUAAUAUUGAUAAGGAAAAAUCUGUCAUUGAACAUAAGUUUACUUUUAAGACACCCAUUACUGAAAGUAAAACAUUAAAUGGAAAACAAUAAAUAUGUUUAUUAAUGUUU